UAGAGGGUGUUGUUCAGGUCGAUCUGAAGGCGCAGAAAUAGCUAGAACUGAAUGCGGAAAGUAUGGAAAAACAUCUCGUAAUGUAUUUAACCAGAAAAUCGAUUAUGCUUCCGCGGAAGUAUCUACUCGUUACGGAAUCUCAGGUGUCAAAGUGUGGAUUUCAUAUAGUAAAAAAAAGGGACGUGCUAUAUCCGAAACGUACGAAAUUUAGUAAAUAUCGUAAAGGCAGAUGUAGUAGGGGUUGCGAACCAGACGGAACAAAACUAGGUUUUGGAAGAUAUGGCACUCAAAGUUGUAGAGCUGGUCGUCUUUCAUAUCGAGCCAUUGAAGCAGCGCGUCGGGCUAUAAUCGGACACUUCCAUCGUGCUAUGAGCGGACAAUUCCGAAAAAAUGGUAAGAUAUGGGUAAGAGUUUUCGCGGAUAUCCCUAUUACCGGGAAACCUACAGAAGUCAGAAUGGGAAGAGGAAAGGGAAAUCCUACGGGUUGGAUUGCUCGUGUGUCCACGGGACAAGUCCUAUUUGAAAUGGAUGGUGUGAAUUUUGCAAAUGCUCGACAAGCCGCUACAUUAGCGGCGCAUAAACCAUGUUCGUCAACCAAGUUUGUUAAGUGGUCGUAACGUAAUUGGUUAGUGGGGAAAAACCGGGCCGGGAUUCAAAAGAAUUAGGCGAAGGGUGGGGGGUCGGGCCCUCUCCUUUGCAUUAUGUCAGUUGGGCCUCCCCGGGUGUUUUUCCUUCCUUAUUUGUUUAGGAUUAUUGUUCCUUAUUACCGAAGGAGCCUCUGUGGUUCCUUGGAUGGCAACUGGGACAAAUUCAGGGAACAGUGGCUCGGAGAGUUGGCUAAAAUACCUUAACCGGUCACCAUCAGGUGAGGGUACGGAAAAUAGCGAAGCCGAGCCCGCUUCAAGAAACCCGGAGGCACGAGACAGUGAUCCCAGGGAAGAAAUAGGGCCUUCCUCGGUAAGGCAGCGAGUGGAUUCGGCGAACGCUGCCGGAGCAGGGGAGAAUGUGGUGGGCCCAUCACACAUCACAACAGGCUCCCAAUCCCCCCAUGGGGGUGCCGGAAGCCCCUGAUCCGAUGUGGUUGAAAAACCGCAUUGAAAAAGUUUUCUUUAUAAUAAAAGGUAGGAAACCAAGGAAGGACAUGCUCCAGAAGCUUUUUGACGAUCUUAGACUGGAAACGGCUUCUCCGCUCAAACUGCAGCAAAUCUUAAGAAUUCUCGAACAAAUGAAAUGGAAUUCUAGCCUUAAAGGUCGAGAUUUCAGACUCGAUCUGGAAUUAGGUCACCGCGUCCACGAUUGGGAAAGGGAGCAAAGGCACUUCCCAAACCCCGUGGACGACGUACCAUGAUACUUUCUGUUUUUAACAGUUUACGGGUGGCACUCAGAAAACCGGGGUGCCGCCCUAAUGACCGAUUGGGAGGGACCGCCGCAUUCGGUCAUUAGGGCGGGCAGACCUCGAAUCGUUGGAUCCGGUAGGUAAAAAAAAGGGUAGCCCCAGCUUGGGGCUGGAUUGAAUCCGAAGUUUAGGUUUAGAGUUGGAUUAGCCAAGGGGUAAGAAUUCAAUGCUUGGCUUAUGGCCUGGAUGCUUUAGAGCAGACAGAGUUGGAUUAGAACGUUUUCAUGGUGCGCUCAUUUCGAAUUGUAUUUCUCUUUGACCGAGUUAAGUAAAUUCCGUUUGUGUGGCACGAGAGAUGUAAAAGUAAAUUGAGUAUCGAGGAUAUGCGGAU